AUCAGUCUUUCACAGUGCUGUUGUGUGGUGGUCCACUAAUCUUUGCAGAACUGCUGGGGGGGUUUGAUCAUGAGCUGCCAGUUUAAGAUCCUGCCUCUGAAAUUUAGUUCAACGUAAUCCUGUUGGGCUUGAGCUUCAACUUACAGACUGAAGACCUGUUUCUCUCAAUUAUUGCAAGUGUCCCAGGCCCUGUAGCAUCCCCACACCAUAGCUAUAAUGUUACUUUUGUGGAAAAUUCAGAAUUUUUUUUUACAAAAUUCAAAUGAGCCUUAAUGUUCUUCUGGGUUAGCAGUGGUUUUGCCUCACCUCUCUUCCAUGGAUACCAUUUUUUGGCCAGUGUCUUUCUGAGAAUAAAUUCAUGAACAGUAACCUUCAUCCAUGCAAGAGAGGCCUGCAGUUCCUUUAGUCUUUUGUGACUUCCUGUAUGAGUCAUUGCUGUGGUCUUGGAGGAAUUUUGGAAGGUCGGCCACUUCUGGGACGGUUCGCUACUGUGCCAAGUUUUUCAAUUUGGAGAUAAAGGCUCUCACUGUGGCUCUUAAGAGUUCAAGCUUUGUAACCCUUCCAGACAGAUGUAUUUCAAUCACCUUCUUCCUCAGCAUUUUCGGUAUUUCUUUCACCUUUGGCAUAGUGUGUUACUGGUCCAUUCUGCCGCAGGAGGCGGGGCUUGCGGAAAAACACAGGCUGCUGUCACGUACACCAGCGGCACAGCCGGAUGUUUUACAGCAGCAGAAACUGACCGAAACCCAUGGUAUUUUGUCAAGUGACCUUGCCGGCGGACACUGCAUCAGGAGGCUUAUAAACGUCCAUCUCACGGAAAAAACUGAAAAUGCCGCUGGGUGAAGAGAAGAACGGUGCGUGCGAUAGGUCCAUAUAUGUGAACAAUCCCCAUUUAGACUCCAUGAAAGAUGACAUCCUUUACCAUUUUAACUUGGGAACAUCCACUCACGACUUGCCAGCGAUGUUUGGAGAUGUCAAAUUUGUGUGUGUAGGAGGAAGUCCAUGGAGGAUGAAGUCUUUCACUGAAUACAUUGCCAAAGAACUGGGGCUAUCAGAGCCGAAUGCUGAAUUCCCAAAUAUAUGUGAAGGAACCGAUCGCUAUGCCAUGUACAAAGUUGGACCUGUGCUGUCAGUCAGUCAUGGCAUGGGCAUCCCAUCUAUCUCUAUAAUGUUGCAUGAGCUUAUCAAGCUCCUGUAUCAUGCCCACUGCACUGAUGUCACUGUAGUGCGCAUCGGAACGUCAGGCGGAAUAGGUUUAAAGCCAGGUAUUGUGGUGGUUACCAAACAGUCAGUGGAUUCUGUGUUCCAGCCUCGCCUUGAGCAGAUCAUCCUGGGAAAACCAGUGGUCAGGAGCACAGAACUCGAUGCGGAACUUGCAGAGGAGCUUCUUCAGUGCGGCAAAGACCUUGCAGAGUUUGAGACUGUCAUUGGUAACACAAUGUGCACCCUUGACUUCUAUGAAGGUCAAGCUCGGCUGGAUGGGGCCUUCUGCUCGUACAGUGAAGAAGAUAAACAGAGCUAUCUUGUUGAAGCCUAUGCCGCUGGGGUUCGUAACAUUGAGAUGGAGUCAUCUGUGUUUGCGGCCAUGUGCAAACUGAGCAAUCUUCGAGCUGCGGUUGUGUGUGUAACGCUGUUGGACAGACUGAAAGGAGACCAGCUGACCAGCUCUCAUGACAUCCUGAAUAGCUACCAGCAGCGACCUCAGGUCUUGGUUGGACAUUACAUCAAAAAGAAGCUGAAUGCCUAUAAGAAAAGUUAGUUUGAAAGCUUUUCAAGAAAGCUUUUACAAGAGUCCCAGGUGAAGGUAGGGAAAAGUAUAGUGCAGUUAUUUGAAUAUAUGGCAAAGAAGCAGCUCUUAUAAGUUUAUCAAAAGUGACCAAGAUAACAGAAAUACCUUUGAAUUUUUCUACAGUUUAAUACUGCAAUUACUAGCAUGCUCAUGCAACCUCAUGCCUUGAAUGUAAUACCUUAAUUUCCUCGUUUUAAAUUGGUAAUAGGCACAUUAUGUUAUAACAGAUAUUUAUUAUUGUUUUAAAAGGCACUGUAUUAAAACUACUCCUGAUGAAGUAGUUGUGUAAAAGGGAAAGAUUUUAUAAAAAAAGAGAGAGAACUAAGCGGUUUUAGCACUAGUUACCUUAAAAGGGUCCAAGGAGCAUUUUCAAAAAACAAUAAACCUCUGUUUGUUGGUCUAUGGUUAUGUUACAAACAAAUUUUACUGUAAUGUUCACAAAUGUCUUAAAAUUAAAUUUUCACAAAUUGAUUAAAUAUUGCAUAAUAUUUCUCCUUAAGUUUGCUAUGUUUAACAUUGAAAGUAUUAUUUUAUUU